UUAAAUUUUCUUAAACAAAAAACUAACAACUAUUUCUUUUUACAGAAAAUAUUUUGCCUGCUGUUUCUUUACACAAAAGCUGAAGUCCAACCUGAAUAUGAGGAACCACCAGAGGGUUACUAUGCUUUUGUGGAAUCGCCAAACUCUGUUCCACCCAAAGUUCGUCCACCACCAUAUACACAUGUUAACAUUGAUUGUACAGAUGCCCCCAACAAGAAGUCUUCAGUUACCGUAAAUAAUAUUUGUGGUGAUCUUAAUAAGGGUGAGAUUCCAAGGAAUCCAUUGCAGCAAAAUGUGCUCGGUGAACCUUAUCCAUUUGAACUUAUUCGCAAUCAGACCCUCCGAUUUUUAUCAAAGACACUACCCGUAUUGAAAGCCGAUGACACUUUACCGAAAGUAACUCAAAUUAUUCGGGACGAUCCGGUUGAAACAGUAGAAAAUAACAUUGAUAGACAAUACAAUGCACAUGUGCGCAAUCGUAGAAGUUCUGAAAUCCCAGCUUUCACCUAUCCCGAUGUCGAAGUUAAUGAGGAAGAUCAACCUACUCACCAAGAACGGCAAUCGAGAAAAUUCUGUGAUGGAGGUGGAGUCUUUUGCACUCUUUAUCGUGCUAUUCAAGGUGAUUCUGGAGCAACUCAACCUACAGUGGCUGAACGUCGUGAAGAAAACGGUCCCAUUCGAUAUGAAGGACCACCUACACCAUGCCCAGCUAAAGUCGAAUAUGCCACACCUGUGUUUGCCAAAAACUAUCAAGGCUCAUGGCGAUAUGUGGUGCAAAUUCCCUACGAAGGCUACUUUACCCAGACAGUUGAGGUGACCCGUUGUAUUCAAUCCCGCUGUCAUUAUCUAGAUGGAGGCUGUCUUUCAUCCCCACGUUGGGUUAGCCUUUUAGUUGCUGAGAUCUUCUAUCCUAGUGCUGACGAUUCUACAUCCACAACUACAGCAGCACCAUCAGUUCAAGACUUCCAGGCCUAUCAGCAAUAUCUACAAAAACGAGCUGGUGUAGCGUCAGCAUCGGAUGGAACAACUACAGCAAAUGAUCCCAGUCAGCAUUGUGAUGGCCAAGACGAGAUUGGUUGCUUCCAAGUUCGACUGUAUUAUGAUUGGUUCUUGAUACCAGGUUCAUGCAAAUGCUGGCGUCCAGAUUAUUUUGCCAAAUAUGUUAGAAGAAAGUCAGUCACCGAUUUGUAAAUUUAAAAAUUAAAAAAAAAAAUCAAUACAAAAUCAAAUGCAUAGAUUUAGGUUUGCACCGAGCACUGACUGAUAUAAUAAAUGAGCGUGCUUAAAAUUUUCAGAGGGAUGGUUGAGGGGUUAAGAAAAAGCAUAUAUAAUUUGCACUUUUGUAUUUCUAAAGAAAAAAUACAUACAAAUGUAUGCAUAUAUAUUUAUUUAUUUAAAAAUUUUACUCAGUUUAGAAUAUGUGUAUAUAAAAUAGGAUAGAAUUAA